AUGGCGGCGUCCAUGGAGCUUAACUUGGAGACUAUACCCUCGGACCCCUUGCUAUUGAUUUUGUCAUUUCUUGACUUUAGAGACUUUAUCAGCUGCAGUUAUGUCAGCCGUCGAUUUCAUGAGCUGUGCAACCACAACCCAUUGUGGAAGGGACUUUGUCUGAAAUAUUGGUUUUUGUCUGAGUCAGACAAGGUGGAGAAGGGACAGACGUGGAAAGAUCUCUUCCGGGAAUAUUACGAGGAUAUGGGCCAGUACAUUGAUCACUACAGCACCCUGAAGAAGGCCUGGGAUGACUUGAAGAGAUACCUUAACCAGAAAUGCCCCCAGAUGAUUGACUCCCUGAAAGAGGGAGCGAAGGAGGAGGAACUGAAUGCCAUUGAAGCCCAGAUUGGCUGUAGGCUGCCAAAAGACUACCGUUGUUCCCUGCGAAUACACAACGGCCAGAGGCUCGUGGUCCCAGGGUUGAUGGGCAGCAUGGCCUUGUCCAAUCACUACCGCUCUGAGGACCUGCUGGACAUAGAGACCGCAGCGGGGGGAUUCCAACAACGGAGGGGAAUGAAGCAGUGCCUGCCCCUCACCUUCUGUUUCCACACGGGGCUCAGCCAGUAUAUGGCCCUGACGAGUGUGGAGGGGCGGGUCUGCGGAGAAAUCUUCUACCACUGCCCAGAUCAAUUGGCACAAGAUCCUUCCGCAAUUGACAUGUUCAUUACAGGGUCUAACUUCACAGAGUGGUUUACCUCAUAUGUCCACAACGUGGUAACAGGCGAGUACCCCAUUAUCCGAGACCAGAUCUUCAGGUAUGUCCAUGACAAGGAGUGUGUGGCCACCACUGGAGACAUCAAAGUAUCCGUGUCUACCUCAUUCUUACCAGAGCUCAGCUCUGUGCACCCUCCACACUACUUCUUCACAUACCGAAUCAGGAUUGAGAUGGCAAAGGAUGCCUCUCCAGAGAAUGCCUGUCAGCUGGACAGCAGGUACUGGAAGAUUACCAAUGCUAAUGGUCAUGUAGAGGAAGUGCGGGGCCCUGGUGUUGUAGGGGAGUUCCCAGUGAUGUUGCCAGGAAAGGUGCACGAGUAUGCCAGCUGCACCACCUUCUCCACCACCUCAGAGCACAUGGAGGGACACUAUACCUUCCACCGUCUGAAGAACAAGGAGGAGGUCUUCAGCGUCUCUAUCCCCCGAUUCCGCAUGGUCUGUCCUCCCUUCCGUGAGUCCACAGUGCGGAUGGGCUGUGCAGGUGAUUUCCCACUUAGGGCUGUAGGUGACGACUCUGAUACAGACGAUUAUGACGAGGGUGAGCACUAGGGUAUCAACAUCCCUUUCCCAAAUGGACGCUACACUUGUCACAUCUGACACACUUUUCUAUCACAGGACUUUGCUGUCUAACAAGA